AUGCCAAAAACGAACAUCAGAAAACGACAAACGAGGAAACGAAACGCAAGCAAAGGAAAAAUGUUCCCAUUAUAUGUACGUACAUACAAUUGGGAACUAACCCCUGUUGAAUGUACGUUCAGACUUCUCUCGACGCUUCAAUGUUUGCAUUUCGCAUUUCAAUUUUUUUUAUUUGCUUUACUUUGUCAUAAAAACGGAGAACGACGAAGCAAUUUGAAGAACUGGUCGAGCUCGAGAGAUGUGGGAUUCCCCAAACCCCAGAAACUUCUCAAACAAGCACAAAGCUAUUCGUAA